UUUGCUGCGAAGAGCAAUAUAGCGAUAGAAAUAUAAAAACUACUGACUUUUCAAUAAAAACGAUCAUUAAAUAAACUAAUGGAUCCCAAUCUAAGAAACCUCAAAGAUUUCCUGACAUUAUACAAUAAAGUUACGGAAUUGUGUUUCUCUCGAUGUGUUGAUAAUUUCAAUGAACGAGAUUUGGCCAAACAUGAGGAAGCUUGUGUAAGUCGAUGUGUUAAUAAAUUUGCACUAUUUAAUCAAAAUAUGAUGAAAGUUUAUGUCGAAGUACAAUCGGAAAUAAAUCAAAGACGCAUGCAGGAGUUGGAAGAAGGACAAAAAUUAAUACAACAAAACCAACAGCAAACUGAUGCGAGUACGGCGACGAUUUCUACUGCCCCCAAAUUGUUAUCAUAAUAGAGACCAGAUAUUAACUCAUGUUUACUAAUUUUUAAGUUUUUUUUUUGUUAUUAUGGAACAAAUAUGUAUUGUAGCUCUUAUUGGAUUACCUGCUGCCGGAAAAACGAGUUUCAGUAAAUUACUGUUAGAAACUGAAAA